AUGCUCCGAGCAUGCGAUGACGAUGAGAAGACAAAGAAGCCCACCAAAGCUGGCCACAAGGAGCCAGUAGUCUCCAGUUACUAUCCGGGUUAUGCGGCGAACAUGCUACCACCAGAUGCGAUCCCCUGGAAGCAGUUUAACCAUAUGGAUUACUUCGUAGCCGUACCUCAAAACGCCCCGGAUCUUGCGCUGGUGCUCGACGACGAAGAGAACAUGAAGACCGUCGUUGCAGGUGCAAAGAAGAACAAGGUCUCCAUCUCCAUCUCAGUUGGAGGCUGGACCGGCUCUCGCUUCUUCAGCACCAAUGUCGGAGAUGCCCAGAACCGCACAGUCUUUGUCAAGACGCUUUCUGACUUCGUUCACAAAUACGGAUUCGAUGGGAUUGAUAUCGACUGGGAAUACCCGAAUCGACAAGGCAUGGGCUGUAACUUGAUGAAGGACACGGAUAGCUCAAACCUUUUAGAGUUUCUAAAACUACUUCGAAAGAAACUUGGACCUUCCUUUCGUCUUUCUGCUGCUGUGCCAGUUCAAGGAUUCAAUGGACCAGACGGCGAGCCACUGCAAGACCACUCCGCCUUUGGGAAGGUCCUCGACUAUAUCACCGUCAUGGCCUACGAUAUCUAUGGACCUGGAUGGGCCAAAUACUCGGAACCCGUAACACCAGGCCCCAACGCUCCACUUUAUGACACCUGCAACGAUCCAACCAACAAGUUUUCUGGUAAAGCAGCUGUCUCUGCAUGGACCAGCACCGGUUUUCCGGCUUCUAAAAUCCUUCUAGGAGUUCCUUCGUAUGGAUACGGCUACACUACGCUUGCUUCCAACUUGAAAUCUACACAGUUUUCUGGUGAAGGCUCAGGUAGUAGUAUGUACUAUCAACAAGUCUCGUCGGUGAUUCCACCCGGGGGAGCGACGUCUGGGGGCGAUGAUACUGGGAAGAUUGAUGCGUGCGGUAACCCUAUGGGGAAUGGAGGCAAUUGGCUUUUCCGAGAGCUGAUCGAGACGAAAAAGUUGAGUGACGACACUCGAAAAGGGCUCAAUGGAUAUACCAGGCAUUAUGACAGUUGUUCAAGGACUCCUUUCCUAUUCCAUUCUGGAACUAGGAAUCUAAUUUCCUACGACGACCCAGUCUCGCUCGGAAAGAAGGCCGUUUUUGCAAAGGUCCAUGGUUUGGGUGGCGUCAAUGUCUUUGAUACCACUGGGGAUACCAAGGAGAACAUCCUACUCAAAUCAAUCAACUCGGUAUUGCGAAACUCUUCUACCAUGUGGCGCGAAUGA